GAGCUGAAGCCCUCGGACAUAAAAGCAGACAAAUACUGUUAGCCAAACAAUCAAUCGCUGACUACAGACCCCGAGACAUGGGCACCCGAAGACUAGUAAUCCAGCUGCAGCUGUUGUGCUCCCUGGUACUCGUCAGCGUCAGCGCCAGUACCAGUGCCAGCUUUAGUGUCAGCCUUGAGCAUCAACCAAUACCCAUGGCCCCCGUGAACUAUGUUGCCGCAUCGAGACUGCGUCGCUUAGCGGUAGAGUUCUUUGACUGCUAUGAGAACAUUACGCUGGCGGACAUAUCAAUGGAAAUGAAUCAGGAUCCCCGGGCGCUUCCUUCCGCGCAGGAUCUAGAGUGCCUGGCAGACCUGAUGCUACUCACAGAGAACCUGGGCUCAGCAAAGAUCUGGGCACUCAGAAUGAUCGAUUCGUGGGGCUCACUGCCUUCAGGAGUCCUCUACGGAAACUUGAGAGACCUUGGAAACUACGACGAGUGUCUCAAGGUUGAUCACGCUGUCUCCACAAGUCACAGCGUCCGGGGAAAGUACUGCUUUGCCAAGGUCUCGCUCGCCUCGAGCAUUUCGUCGCUACUCAGCAUGAAGGCAGCGGUCUGCUUUCCUGCAUCCUGCUCAGCUGCUCACAUGGACACAAUGCUGCGAAGGCUGUUCGAGAAGUUGCUCAACGUGGAGAUUAGUUCGGACCUGCAGUUGGUGGAUGAGAGCACGUGCAGGACUGCCGAGAGGAAGCCCUAUGAUGGCCUCACCAUAUUCACCAUAGUUGUGCUAUCGGUGUUGUGUGCUUUGAUGGUCCUAUCCACGUUGUAUGACUAUUUAUUCAUUGAGGAUCAGAAACAAUUUUCACCGCUCGUCAAGGCCUUCUCGGCGCGUGCGAACUCGCGUGUACUCUUCCGGAUUGUGGACACCAAGUCGAGCCCCAAUAUUAUUGACUGUCUUCACGGAAUGCGUUGCCUGUCGUUCAUCUGGGUGGUAUACGGCCAUGACUAUCUAGUGGCUGCCAUGGGACCAAAUUUGAACUUGAUCCAAGCAUUUACUUGGACCAAGUCUGCCUACAGCAUGCUGAUUCAGUAUGGGGUUUACUCAGUAGAUACCUUCUUCUUCCUGAGCGGAUUGUUGCUUGUGGUAAUCGCUCUGCGCACCAUGGAGAGGACAAAAGGAAAACUCAACAUACCCAUGAUGUAUCUGCAUCGCUAUCUGCGACUCACACCCGUUCUGGCCAUGGCCAUUCUCAUCUACAUGAAGAUCCUGCCCAUUUCAGGUGACGGACCGCUUUACGGUUCAGUUACUUUCGACAAUUAUACCAUCUGCGAGCAGACUUGGUACUGGUCGCUGUUGUAUGUUCAGAAUUACGCCACGGACACAAUUUGCUUGGGUCAUUCCUGGUAUUUGGCUGUGGACAUGCAACUAUACAUUAUUUCACCUCUCCUUCUGAUUGCCCUGUACAAAUGGGGCAAAAAGGGAGCGGCUGCUAUCUCUGUUCUAAUGCUGCUACUGGCUGCGGGCCUUUUUAUCACAAUGGUCAUUGGCAAGCACUCCAUUUUUUCCCAUACCAGCGAUGCAAUGCCAACGAUAUACUUUUCCACGCACACUCGGGCCUCGCCAUAUCUUGUAGGUAUCCUCUUCGGUUACUUCUUGCACGCGAACCGGGGCGUUGCGGUAAAACUUAACCGCACUGUGGUUUCCCUGGGCUGGCUGAUAAGCCUUGCCCUGCUCUUCACCUGCAUUUUUUCGUUAUAUGGAUACCACAACAACAACAAAGCUCUGCCUAUUGUGAAUGAGGCCUUCAAUCUGACACUGACACGCAUUGCGUGGCCCCUGGGGCUGUGCUGGGUAGUGUUUGCCUGUAUGCACGGCUAUGGCGGCCUGGCCAACAGCUUCCUAUCGUCGCCACUGUGGCAGCCUCUGUCGAAACUUUCCUACUCCGCCUACAUCUUUCACAUGUUCAUCGAGAGUCUCAACGGUGGCAUUACGCGCACCAACACCUUCUUCAGUGACUAUCAAGUGAUGCUUCGUUUCUGGGGCGACUUUGGUUUGACACUGCUGCUCGCCUUCUUCGUUUACAUUCUAAUCGAGGCACCAUUCGGUAAUCUGGAAAACCUCUUGCUGUCCACUCACAGGACCAAAAAAAAACAGCCUGACCUCGACGCGCAGCAAAAGACCGUCGGGGCCAUCGAAGCACCAGCGACUGAUUCCACACCUGCUCCUGCUCUAGUGACGAUCUCGCCCCUGCCUGAAGUAAGAACCAAAGAGAAACCAACGAACAAUUAGUUUUAAAUUUUCAUU